AUGGCCGCCCUGCCCGGGACCGUACCCAGGAUGAUGCGCCCGGCGCCCGGGCAGAAUUAUCCCCGCACCGGAUUCCCUUUGGAAGUCUCGACCCCGCUGGGCCAAGGGCGAGUCAACCAGCUUGGAGGUGUCUUCAUCAAUGGGCGCCCCCUGCCGAACCACAUCCGCCAUAAGAUUGUGGAGAUGGCGCACCAUGGCAUCCGUCCCUGCGUCAUCUCUCGCCAGCUGCGGGUCUCCCAUGGCUGCGUCUCCAAGAUCCUUUGCCGGUACCAAGAAACGGGAUCCAUCCGGCCGGGAGCCAUCGGUGGCAGCAAGCCCAGGGUUGCCACUCCAGAUGUGGAGAAAAAAAUUGAAGAGUACAAGCGGGAAAAUCCUGGCAUGUUUAGCUGGGAGAUCCGAGACCGGCUACUCAAAGAUGGCCACUGUGAUAGGACCACGGUCCCUUCAGUGAGUUCGAUUAGCCGUGUGCUCCGAAUCAAGUUCGGGAAGAAAGAGGAAGAGGAGGAUCACGAGAAGAAGGAGGAGGACUGCGAGAAGAAGGCCAAGCAUAGUAUCGAUGGCAUUUUGGGUGACAAAG